CUGGUUGUGUAGCGCGGAUUUUGUGUAUAUUAUAGUUAUUAGUUUUACCAAAAUUUUGUUUUGGGACUAGAGAUUUGUUAUUUAAAAUUGUGAUCCAUGGUGUGCUCCAAAAUGUAACAGCUUCAUGGAUUUAUUGAUGGCGACUGAUUUUCCAACCGAAAAUAAUGCGAGCAAUAAUGAACCGACGAUGCUGACUUUAAAAAAUCCAAGGGCGACCGUAACCACAACUUCGUUACAGACGAAUUCACAAAGCAGUUCAACUACGACGCGAGUGAGUAAGUCAUCUACCAGUUCCACAUCGACUCAAAGGGUGCACGUAACCUCGGACCUUAAGGCAUCUAAUAUGAAAUCCGAUUUGGUCGAUUUUAAGAAUAAUUUGAACGACAUGAAAAGUAGCAUUUCGAAUUCUAUUGAUUUGAAGAAACUGAGGAGUUCUUUAGAAAACCUCGUAGACGCCGACGACGAAAUGAACGACAUUUCGCAACCUCUCGUUACCUUUCCCGAUGACACACCUGUACCUUCCGAAAUUAGUACUCCGACCAACCCAUUGGAUACACUUAAAUUCGAACAGAAGACAAUGAAUAAUUUUAAAAAGACCAAGGUUGUAAAAGAUGGAUUUAGCACGGAAAAGGAAAGCGCAAACUGUGCUGAAAUGAAAAAAUUACAAGCUGGUGAUGUAUCCUACGAAGCGAACAGUGCCGCUGCAGCCACGAGAGCUCGACUCGAAAUCGAUGGCAUUUCCGCAGAAAAAAGUCAGCUAACUGCUAAGGGUCACACGAUACCAACCAAUUUUAUUAUUUUACCUGAUGCCGAGAAUACCUCUACUCUACUGGGAAUUGACUUCAUUGAAGAUGCAAAGAUUGUUCUUGAUAUAUCUAAUAAAAUUUGGCAUUUUACUGAUACUGCUGAUAUAAAGAACAAACUUCCGUUUGAAGUUUUACCAAAUUGUCAAAAGAUUGAAAUUUCGUCGUUCGAUAACCUCAGGUCAGAUGAAGGCACGAUGCUUAUUGAUGAACAGCGCAAUCGUUUAAACGCACUUUUGGAAGAAAACCAAGAUAUCUUCGAGAUGGGGGGAGAACCAACUCCCUAUGCAGAACAUUAUAUUAACACCGGUGAUCAUCCUCCAAUCUCCACACCACCUUACAGGAUGACUACUGCGAAGAAGUCAAAC